AUUUACAACUGAAAUAUUAUUUAAACAACAUUGCUCUCCCAAUUAUUUGCUCAUUUGGAAUAUUAGGAAAUUCUUUAAAUCUUGUGAUAUUGACCAGGAAGAGAAUGCUAAGAAAAAUGGACCAAAUGGAGAAAAGUGGCUGUAUUGGACUUGUUGCAUUGGCCAUGUCUGAUCUCCUUUUUUGUACUGUCAGGAUUCCACAUGCCUUUUAUCCAGGUGAUAGGGCUUACACGUACCGAUCAUUCUGGUUGUAUUAUACAAUAUAUCGCGGAGCACUUCACAAUACGUUCAUAAUGACUGGAACAUGGUUGACUGUGACAAUUGCUACAGGACGAUGUAUAGUAGUGUGUUUACCAUUACAUGCUCGUAAAGCAAUUAUGUUCACAUACGUAAGAGCAACAAUUACAGCAGUAUUCAUCAUCUCUAUCCUGUUCAGCCUCCCUCGUUAUUUCAUUUACCUUCUGGUCGAAAUUGACUGCAAAGAAAGUGGAAGAUUAUACAUGAUGGAAACAAGAUGGAAUACACCAAAUGAUAAUUUCUUAUAUGUAUAUAGAAUCUGUUGGGCCUUUGUAGGCAUCAUUGUUCCAUUCAUAAUGCUCUUAACAGCCAACACUUGCCUGAUACGUGCACUCCAUAAAUCAUACAAAGUGAGAAAGGCAUCUUAUGUGAAGGCAUCCAGGGGAUCUUCACAGGGAGAGUGGAAUAGCAGGCUUACACAUACCCUCAUUGGUGUUGUUGUUCUUUUCUUCUGUCUUUCUGCGCCAGCUGAGUUGUUGAAAUUCUUCAAAGGACUAGUUGAAUCGAACGUUAACAAUUUCUACAAGUACCAAAUCGCCAUGGUGAUAACAAACUUUAUGCAGAGUUGUAAUUCUGCCAUAAACUUUAUAUUAUACUAUACUAUCAACAUUCCAUUCAGGAAAACAAUACGCCAUCUAUUCUGGGCACAAGUAACGCGGAAAUGUCCAACAGCGAAACGAAAAUUAUUCAAACGGUGUUUUGCCUAUACGGAAAGUCCUCAGAGAAUCACAGCAGACUCUGCAAAGAGUAACACAGAUUCAGUGAAAUAUGGCUUGACCAAUGAAACGCCUGAAAAUCAGUACAUCAUCAUUGUUACCUCACAGCCAAUCAACAUGCAUGGCGAGAUACAAAUGGCCUGAAAAGUUGCUACAAUACAUACAGCCGGUGUACAUGAAUGGUGAGGUACAAUUUUCUAAGAAAGAUGUUAUGCCAUGGCCAACAUAAAUAAUGGUGAGAUACAAUUGUGCUAGAAAGUUGCAACAUCAUCUUUGUGACCGUACAACUCAUCAACUACAAUGUGCAUGGUAAGACAUAUCACGCUAGAAAGUUGUAACAUUACCAUUAGACUUCAUAACCUCAUCAACAUGCAUGGCAAAAUACAAUACUGCUAUCAAAGUUGCAACAUCAUUAUCGUGAACUCACAUCCCUUCAACAGGAGAUACUAUUGGGAUGCAAUAGUGUUUGAAAGUUGCGACUGAAUUACUGUAACAAAAAAAAUUAUAUAUCAUGAUUGCACGAUGAGAAACAAAUGGAUUCAACUAGGACUAUAAUCAUUAUGACAUCACAAUAAAUGAAAUGUUCACGCAUCAUGAAAAAAGUUCCUGAACUACCAACUCUAUAUAUCAUCUAACAGG